GCUCUAUGAAUAGAAGCGCAACAGUUAAAAGCGUAUUUAUAGUACAUCCUGUUUUUGUCAUUUUUGUUUUAAAGACUUUGCUAUCGCAAACCAGUUUUCUUGAAAUUAGGCGUGUCUCCAAUUUUGUCCGAGUGGACUCGCCUUACGACUUCCUCUGAUGAACUCAUCCUAACUUUUACUCCACUACGCGCAUUUCAUAUUUCUUUACGAAUUGGUGUAGACCGCACUGGGGCUUGGAUACGGUGCGCCUCUCUUCAAAUUCCUACAAUGAAACACAAUUGAUGACAUUUUCGAAUCCAGACACACUCGCUUUGGUGCACGUUGAAGCUUCCCGGGCUAGCGUAGCUUAGCCUGUUAGCCGCAAACAAAGAGACACGUUGGUUAUCAAAGCAAAGACCAAGUUAAAGUGUUGUGAUUAUCGGGUGAAAAUGGGCGACGAAAAUGUGAAAGAAGAGUACGAGGAGAGCGAGCAACAACUCGCGGAGGCGGUUUUCAAGAAGCCUCGCGUUGUGUUGCACAGAGCAGACGUCAGUGAUGAUCUUUAUCCGAAGCAGCAGGAGUGGCGCUCCUCGGUGGCACAACAGGAGCCAGGGGCCUCCCGCAUCAAAAAGGAAAAAGAGCCAGAGCUCCCCCAUGUUAAAGAAGAAGUGAUGCCGCAGUUCCCCCACAUUAAAGAAGAAGAAGAGGAGGAGGAGGAGCCAGAGGCCCCCCAUCCUAAUGAGAAGCAACAGACUGAAACCACCACGUCUCCUUUGACUGGCAUCAUCAACUUUUCCAAGUUCUCAAAAAUGGACCACCGAUCCAAACAGGAUCUAAUUCAGAAAGGCAGACCAACGCCAGAGCUUACGGAUCUGUCUCAAACGUGCGGUUCAAAAUUAACCCGCCAUUUUAAAAGCGAGUGGUACAAACGUAAGGACUGGCUGUGUGGCUGCCCUCGAAGGAACCGCCUGUUCUGUUUCCCCUGUUUGCUGUUCUCCACGUGUGAAAAUAUGUGGACAAAAACGGGAUAUUGGGACAUGAAAAAUUUACCAAGAAGCCUCAGUCAACAUGAGAGAUCCACUUCGCACAUCGGCAGCCAAAUUGCUUGGAAAACUUUUGGGGCCUCGAGGAUCGAUUUAGCUUUGGAUGAACAACGCAGACUUAACGUUAGCAUCCACAAUGCUAAGGUAAAAGAAAAUCGAGAGCUUUUGAAAUAUCUCAUCUGUAUUAUCUGCUUCCUUGCUAAACAGGAGCUGACGUUACGCGGUCACGACGCAAAUGCAAGCUGCGGCAACUAUGUGCAACUUGUGCAUGCUUUUGCUGAGAAAGAUGCCAAACUGGACAGACUGUUGAAGAAAUCUGCCUUCAACGGCUUCUCCGACAGAAUAGAGAAGGAUUUGAUCGAAGCCGUCGCCGAUGUCAUCCGAAGUGAUGUGAAAAAGGAGAUGAAGGGUGUGCCGUUUGUUGCCGUCCAAGUCGACGAGACAACGGACGUCUCCAACAGAGCGCACGUGUCGGUCAUUUUGCGUUAUGUGGCUAAAAGCGAAGUGAAGGAGGCGUUUUUGGGCUUCGACGACGUGAGUGGCGACAGGCGGGUUCCCGCCGUAGCUGAAUAUGUUUUGGGGCUGUUGGAUAAAUAUGAGUGUGUGGACAAGCUGGUCGCUCAGACUUACGAUGGGGCUGCGGUGAGGGCAUCGGAGCUGAACGCUGUGCAGGAGAAAAUAAAAGAAAAAGCACCCGAAGCGAUGCUGACCCACUGUUGGGCGCACAACCUGAAUCUCCUCUUGUUGCAUUCAGCAAAAUGGUUGCAUGCGUGUCGAGCCUUUUGGAAAACCGCCGAGGGACUCGGCACCUUUUUUAGCCAGUCCACAAAGCGCGGCAACUUACUGGACGAUGUCGUGAAGCGUCGUUUGCCCCGAGUGGCGCCCACGAGGUGGAGCUCCGAUUCCAGACUGCUACAAGACAUAAGCGCGCAUCAAGCCGAUCUGCGAGCGGCAUUCCGGGUCAUGAGCCAACAUCCCGACAGCUGGGAUAGUGAGACUUUAAUGGCUGCUUCUGGAUACGAUCGUUGGCUAUCGAAAGCCUCCACGUGCUUUUUAAUGAUGCUCUACGAGGGCAUUUUUGAGGAAACCGACGCGCUUUUCCAAUUGCUUGAAAACAAAGCGAUGGACAUUGGACGUUGUUGCACGCAAAUCCAGGACACAAUGGAAGCACUGGAGCGCAUGAACUUGGAAUAUCACACUUUCCACAAGCGAUUUGAGCAGAAAUGCGCCACGCUGGGCCUGACAGACAGCAAAAGUGAAACAAGCACGCGCUCAGUCCGAGAGGAGCGGAAGCAGGUCUACUACGACGUUCUGGACAAUGUCACUUUUCAAAUGCGAAGUCGAUUCCAUCGUUUUGACCAUCUUGCAUUCUUUGACUUAGUUGAUUGCUCCAAAUUUGAACAAAUGUCCCAGAAUUUUGAAGACGCCAAACUGCAGAGCCUGUUCAAGUACGCCAGGUUCUUCGAUUUGGUGAGACUAAAAGCUGAUCUCCUCGGACUGUACGGCUCCAAAACUGUCAGGAACCAAUGCAAAAGUCCUGGACAGCUUCUGCGCUUUUUGACCGACAAGGCCUUGGUGCAGACCGUACCGGAGGCAACAAAAUUGCUCCAUCUUGUGCUCACUGUGCCACUCACAGCGACCGAGUCAGCGGAAAGGUCAACCUCAACGUUGAAUAGACUCCAAGCAUUUUUUCGCAAUAGGACCGAUCAAGAGAGCCAGUCUGCGCUGGCAAUUAUCUCUGUUGAGAAGGAGAGACUCGUCAAGCUGAAGGAACAAAAGGAGGACUUUUACAAGCGCGUAACUGAGAAGUUUGUUCAGAUGGAGAGGCGCCCGGACUUCGUCUACAUGUAAAAGUAAGACCAAUGUUUAAAAAAAAAAAAAAAAUCAAAGUAUGAAA